CAAUUGAAUAGUUCAGUAAUUCGUUCCGCUUCCGUGGAUGAAGCGCGUCGGCCAGGUUCCGUUAUCUAAACCCUAAUUCCUGCCAGGGUUAGUCGGUCACGUUGUAAUCUCACUCGCGCUUUGCUUGCAGAAGCAUUGCGAAAUUCAGGUGCAGGGAUUCUGAUAUUCUGGAAAGAUGAAGGUUAAGGUCAUAGCUCGCUCCGAGGAGGAAUUCACCAAAGAGCGGAGCCAGGAUUUGCAGAAGGUGUUUCGCAAUUUGGAUCCAGCUCUUCAUCCGCAGGAAAGGGCGCAUGAGUACGUUCGAGCUCUCAAUGCUGCCAAAUUGGACAAGGUUUUUGCAAAGCCCUUCGUUGGAGCUUUAAAUGGACACGCAGAUGGUGUCUCUUGUAUGGUCAAGAAUCCUCGUCGGCUGAAUUGCCUCGUCUCAGCUUCCUUGGAUGGAGACAUUCGGUUGUGGGAUGUAGCGUACAGACGCACCGUGAGGCAGUUUCCAGGACAUAAAGGGGCCGUGCGGGGAUUGGCUAUAUCUUCUGAUGGAGAUCAUUUGGUGUCCUGCGGGGACGAUUGCACAGUGCGGUUGUGGGAAGUGCCAUCCGCGUUUACUGGGGAAUCUACUGGUGACGAGAUCGAUAUCAUAGAGCCUGUGGCAACAUAUCAAGGUAAAAAUGCCUUUAGGACUGUGGAUCAUCGAUGGGACAGCCAAGUAUUUGCGACAGGUGGUGCUCAGGUUGACGUUUGGGAUCACAACAGGUCUGAGCCGAUCAACACUUUCACAUGGGGUGCAGACUCUAUACUUUCGUUGAAAUUCAAUCCAGCUGAGCAUGAUGUGUUCGCUACCACUGCCAGCGAUCGAAGUAUUGCUUUGUAUGACCUCCGAAUGGGAACUCCACUGAGAAAAGUAAUCAUGCAGACCAAAACCAAUGCUGUCGCAUGGAACCCUCGAGAACCAAUGAAUUUCACUGCUGCCAAUGAGGAUGGGAACUGCUACAGUUAUGAUAUGCGCAAAUUGAAGUAUUCCAUGUGUAUACAUAAAGAUCACGUAUCAGCUGUGAUGGCUGUAGACUAUUCGCCAACUGGACGAGAAUUCGUGACAGGCUCAUACGAUAGGACGAUUAGGAUUUUUGCAUACAACGGAGGCCACAGUAAAGAAGUGUAUCAUACUAAACGGAUGCAAAGGGUUUUCUCUGUGAGCUUCAGUGGCGACGCAACAUACGUGCUUUCUGGUAGUGACGAUACUAAUAUUCGGGUGUGGAAGGCGAAGGCUUCCGAGCAACUAGGAGUGUUAGUACCACGAGAAAAACAAAGGCAUGCUUAUCUGGACGCUGUCAAACAACGCUACAAGCAUCUACCCGAAAUCAAUCGUAUCAACAGGCAUCGACACUUGCCGAAACCCAUUUACAAGGCUAGCAAAAUGCGACAUGCCGUUGCGGACUCUGAAAGGAAGAAAGAAAGCCGGAAAAGAGCUCAUAGUGCUCCUGGAGCUAUUCCACUUACUUCUGCUCGAAAGAAACGGAUUGUUACUGAGAUUGAGUAAUAUCUCCGAAAUGUGUGCAAUCUUCUAUUCAUGAAGCGAGGUCCUCUUCAACAUGCGCGUUGCUUUGCUUCUGCUCUUAUUAUUAUCAUGAUUUAUGGUAUCGUGUACCGGCUUCACUUGCAACGUUGUUCCGGCUGUACUGGACGGAAGUGGACAAGAGGUCGAAGCGGAAGUGGACAUGCGAGCAGCACCACAGUACUUUUUCAUCUGCGUUCCUUUCAAUUAGUUAAAAUUGGAUGAAUCAUUGUAAUAUUUACAGGAUGCAGGAUGUUACAAUUAGCGUCCAUUCUUGAUUUCGACAGAUUCUGUACGUGAAUGUCUUCGGAAUGGUCUAUUAGCGUUGAAAUGAUAAUCGCCUAGUUUUAGUGGAAUGAUUUGGUAGUCUUCGAAAUUUAGCGAUAUUACAUCUGAGGCUCCUGAUCUGAGGAUUCUGCUGCUUUUAUAUCGGAAGCAUGGAUUAGCAUCGUCCUUUUCGGUGUUGGGCAAAAAAUCAUGAUUGGUAUCGAAUUUGAUCUAACCAGGACAUCACUUCUCCAGAAAAGAAGCGAAGUUAAUUUCAA